AUGCAAGCUUUGCUCCUCGCGCUGGCCCUGUCCGCUCUGCAGCUGUGCCCAGCUGUUCUGGGAGGCCCGCAGCACCAGCGGUUCCUGCUAGGCAAUGGCGGGCCCAUCAGGCUGAGCAGGGUACACAACUUUGCAUGGCAGAAUUGUGCUCCUUCAGCCCCUGCUCAAAUGAAGAGCCUGAAUUUAAUUCCAGACCCGAUUUGCAUCCCAGGAGAUGUGACGCUCAGUGCCUCAGGCACCACCACGAUAACUCUAGAUGCGCCUGUGAAGGCAGUCAUUACUUUGGAGAAGAAGAUUGGUGAUAUGUGGCUCAAAGUCCCCUGUGUGGAUGACCUUGGGAGCUGUACCUACGAUGACCUUUGUGCUAUCCUGGAUACGCUUGUCCCUCCAGGGCAGCCGUGUCCACAACCCUUACAGUCUUACGGCAUUCCUUGCCACUGCCCCUUUAAAGCGGGUACUUACAACUUGCCUCCUUCUGACAUCUUCAUACCCAACAUGGACUUGCCUUCUUUCCUCACCAAUGGGGACUACAGGCUAAAGUCUGUACUGAGUAAUGGUGACCAAGAGAUCGGCUGUUUGAAGCUGUCCUUCUCUCUGCAUUCGGGGAGUCAGUGGCUCUGGUGGUGA